CGCCCCGCCUCCCUCCGCCCUCUCCGCCAAUCGGCGUCCGAUGUCCGCUUCCGCGCGGCGUCGCCCGGAGGAGCGCCGCAGCUUCCGCCCGGCCGCUGCCGGAAGUGUGAUGUGGCCGCGAGCGGGUCGCCAUGUCUGCCAUCUUCAACUUUCAGAGUCUGCUGACUGUAAUCUUGCUGCUCAUAUGUACCUGUGCCUAUAUCAGAUCCUUGGCUCCUAGCUUACUGGACAAAAAUAAAACUGGACUGUUGGGAAUAUUCUGGAAAUGCGCCAGGAUUGGUGAACGAAAGAGCCCAUAUGUAGCUGUGUGCUGUGUGGUGAUGGCCUUCAGCAUCCUCUUUGUACAGUAGCAACUGGAGAGUGUCCCAUGUGCCCUACUACCAAACAGCAAAGCAUGGAAGACCUUCUGGCAGGAAGACUUUGAGAAGUGUCAUCUACUCUCCUCUUCUACGUUGGAUAGCCCGUCUCUUUGUGGACAGCCCUCUUCCUUCAAAUGGACCAUCAUGUACAGUAUUAGUGAUCAUAAUGUAACUCCAGUAUGUAAGAAUAUUCUAAUGUCACUUCAGUACAGACACUGCUGAUGUAACUGUU